AUGGCCUUGAAGUCGGCAAAGGAGAUUUGGGAGUUCCUCAAAAGUGAGUAUGAAGGUGAUGAGAGGAUUAAAGGCAUGAAAGUGUUGAACUUGGCAAGAGCAUUAGGAAUCAAUUUAUCUGACAAUAGCUUGGUUCAGAAGAUUCUAGUUUCAGUACAUGAGAGAUAUGAAGCAACCAUUACUUCCUUAGAAAAUACUAAAGACCUUUCAGAACUCAAGGUGAUAGAAGUGGUUAGUGCUUUGCAAGUACAAGAGCAGAGGAUCUUGAUGAGACAAGAAGGAAGCAUUGAGGGGGCAUUAAAAGCUAAAGUGCAGCAGGGAGAAGGUGGAAAAGAGAAGAAGGGAAGUGGCAGUAGUAACUCGGAGUCUGCUGCAAAGGAUGCUGGUAGUACAUGCAAGCACUGUGGGAAACAGAAUCAUCCACAUUUCAGAUGA